AUGUUUGUUUAAGUUUCUUCGACACGACAAAACAAUUAUCGCGUCUUGAAAGAGAAUUCCAACUCUAGUAGUCCUGCGAAAGUCUUCGAUAUCUGUGUGUGAGCUCUCCGUACUGAGGUCUAUCAGAAUGUGAUUGAAUUCGGCGAAAAAUUCCGAAGACACCGACAACCUCCCAUUGUUGACAUACACUACACCUGCAUAAUGUUAAAGCACGCCUCGAAUACCGGUGGAGGAGGAGGAGGGGGAAUUGCCAAUGGUCAAUUGCGAAAUAACCCGAGCAACAGCAAUGCCACGUCCGCGGUCAACCGCAGCAUACAUCUGCGACCACAGCAGCCGCUUAAUAUCUCGACGCUAAGUACCACACAGAACGCUUUGCAAACGUCCAGCACUUCGGUGACGGCAAAUGGAGGUCAACGCAUACCAACCCUCUUGAAUAUCGCCUCAACACCGAUAGCAAGUGGCGCUGCGAAUACCAAUGUGGCGGUAACACCAUUGUCGCCGAACGCCGGCAAUGCGACAGCAACACGGACGUCAACGACGCCCGUAACGCCGCUUACACCGAAUGGCAUCGGCAAUAAUUUGCACACCUACACAAAUCAGCACAUUUUGGCUAGCAACAACUACACCAACAAUAAUAAUAAUACUCUUAACAACACCACCGCCACCGCUACCGGCACAAUAAACAACAAUAUCAAUAACAAUAAUCAUAAUCACAAUGCUGCGCACUAUAAUAAUCAUAAUUAUAGCAAUUGCCAUAAUCUGACUGCUGGUGCGUUGAUAAAUCAAUCGAAGCAUGGACCUGGACCACGUGAGGCGCUGACCAGCUUGGGGCUGCUGUGCUUAGUUUCCCUGCUAUUAGCUUUAUUGUCGUUGAUUUUUCUGUUGAAAAUUUCACCAAACGCUCGCGAAGAUGCUCUGACGCGCAGUUCAGCUGAGGACUUUGUGAUUGUGUACGAUGUGACAUUAGCGCUUUGUGCACUAUCGCUGUCGCUGAAUCUGUGCUGCCUGUUGGUGUGUGCGAUACAGUUUCUGUUCGCUGUGAAAUUGGUGCGAUCACCAAUGUUCGAUGGCAGAGACAACAAAUACUUGGAAAAAUCAAGUGCGAGUCGCACCUGUGCAGUUGGCGGUUUUUUCAUAUCCAUACCAAUUUUUCUCACUGGUUAG